UGUAAGAGAAAAUUGAUAAGGCCUUACUAUUCUUUCACAAAAGAUGUGGGCUCCAACUAAAAAGUUUAGCAAUGGUCUUCUCUUUUGCUGUUGGCUAGUGAGGUUUCUCUACUGUUCCAAGCUGUCUUAGAGCUAAAUAAAUAGGACAUGGGGCUGGUUAGUUGCACCUGUCCAAGCAGAUAAUGUUAAUUAAUCAACCAAAUACAAACUUGGCUUGAGUAUAAUUUUGGGUUAUAGAUAUUGCAAUAGCUCAAAGUCUUCUUCCUUCACAAAUCUCUACUGUGAACUCCACCAUGACAUCUUAAAUUGGGGAUCAGCUCAUCACAACAUCUAUAGCCGCGCUUCUUCUUGAUCACCUCACCUCAGCCACACCCAUAAGAAAAAGGAAAAGGAGAGAGAAAAUCAAGAUUGAUAAGAAUGGGCAAGAUAAGGAGAAAGGAAUUGAAGAAGAUGAAGGAAUCGAUGUUGAAGAAUGGAAGCUUGUUAUUGAAGGAGCGAAUUUCCUAUUUUAAUGGAAAGUAUUUCAAUCCUAUUAGAAGCUUUUCUAUGAAAGAACUUAAAAAUGCAAUAGACGAUUAUAGCGCUAGUCUGAUUUUCGACCAUGACGUGGGUAAUUGCAUAUGGUACAAAGGUUCUUUGGAAGGUCGAACAAUCUCUAUUAGGACCAACUUUUAUGAAGGUGUUGAAAUGGCUAUCAAUGAAAUUGCUAUUGCUUCACAAAUGAGCGGCCAUAAGAAUGCUUUGAAGCUACUGGGAUGUUGCUUAGAAACCCGAAUCCCUAUUCUAGUUUAUGAAUUUCCAUCUGGUGGAUCUCUCGUAGAUAGAAUAUUUUCUCCUCCCAACCCUUUGUCAUGGAAAAGUAGAUUAAGAAUUGCUUAUGAUAUUGCUAAUGUAAUUGCCUAUCUCCACACUGCAUUUCCUAGGUCCAUCAUUCAUACCGAUAUCAAACCCUCAAGUUUCUUUUUGGACCAAGAUUGUGCUGCCAAACUAUCCGAUUUCUCGCUUUCUAUCACUCUUCCUGAAGGUGAAAUGCAAGUGGAUGAUGAAAUUCGUGGAACUUUUGGAUACUUGGCUCCUGAGACUCUUAUCUCAGGUGUGUACAUUGAGAAAAAUGAUGUUUUUAGCUUUGGCAUUCUUCUGUUGGAACUUUUGAUUGGGAAAAAGGUGCACUCGAUAAUGCAGGAGGAGAGAGCUAGUAUACAAGAUUAUGCCCAAAGCUUUGUAAACACCUGCGACAUCAAUGGCAUUGUGGAUCCUAUAAUUCUAGCUCAGCCAAGAGGGAUACAUGAAGAGCUACAAUUUCAAGCCAUAUUUGACCUUGCUAUGAGAUGUAGUAUGAAAGAUAUGGACGAGAUACCAACCAUAGUGAAUGCUGCAAAAGAAGUUAGGAGAAUUCAAAAGUUUGUCCCUUGAUUUCCUUUUCACUAGUUCACACUAAUUUACAUCUUUGUAUUUA